CAGCCGGAGCGAGCGAGAGAGUGAUGCCAUAAAUAUAAUAAUGACAAUAGAACCAAAAAAAAAAAAAAGACAUCCUAAGUACCUUAACAUUUUUCUCAUUUUAAAUCUCCGACGAACAAAUAUUGUCUUUUACUUUCUCUUUACUAAGACUGUCUGAUUCUGAUCUCUACCAGAUAACGAAUCUUGAUGCGCUGCAGAAAAUCUCAACCAUCAUUGACAAAAUCACACACACCUACCAGAGAUCCAACUCUCACAGCUUCAAUAAACCCACCAAGGAUCCGUAUCCGUACAAAAUAUGGCGCGAAAGUGAUUAGUGAAGGAGCUGGAACUGUUCAAAAUGGGAGAACUUGUUAGUGAUGUUUGAGGGUCAAUUUGGAAAGAAAUUUGCUUUGUUUCUGCAGAGAUUGAGUUGCUUUUGAGGGAGAAUUUGAGCUUUGAGAUUUUUUUAAUGUGAGCUCUGAUGUGGCUUAGCGAAUAGUGAAUUUUUUCUCUCUUCUUUUUCGGACAAGGAAGAUCAUACAAGUCCAAUAAAGGGAAUGGCAACACCAGUUGAGCCACCAAAUGGGGUUAGGAAUCAGGGGAAGCAUUACUAUUCAAUGUGGCAAACUUUGUUUGAGAUCGAUACAAAGUAUGUGCCGAUCAAGCCUAUAGGUCGAGGGGCUUAUGGUAUUGUGUGCUCUUCUGUGAAUAGAGAAACUAACGAGAAAGUUGCCAUUAAAAAGAUACACAAUGCUUUCGAAAACCGUGUUGAUGCGCUGAGAACUUUAAGGGAAUUGAAGCUUCUUCGGCAUCUUCUACAUGAGAAUGUGAUUGGUUUGAAAGAUGUGAUGAUGCCCAUACAAAGGAGAAGCUUUAAGGAUGUUUAUUUGGUUUAUGAACUCAUGGAUACAGAUCUGCAUCAAAUUAUCAAGUCUUCUCAAGCACUUACUAAUGAGCACUGCCAAUACUUCCUAUUCCAGUUGCUUCGUGGUCUGAAAUAUCUUCACUCAGCAAAUAUUCUGCAUCGUGACUUAAAGCCUGGGAACCUUCUCAUUAAUGCAAACUGUGAGCUAAAGAUCUGUGAUUUUGGGCUGGCACGUACUAGCAAUGGCAAGAACCAAUUCAUGACUGAGUAUGUUGUCACUCGAUGGUAUCGAGCUCCAGAGCUCCUUCUCAGCUGUGAUAACUAUGGGACAUCAAUUGAUGUCUGGUCUGUAGGAUGCAUCUUUGCAGAGCUUCUUGGUCGGAAGCCUAUCUUUCCUGGCACAGAAUGUCUCAAUCAACUUAAACUUAUCAUCAGCAUCCUUGGAAGUCAGAGGGAGGAGGAUCUUGAAUUUAUUGAUAACCUGAAGGCAAAGAAAUAUAUCAAGUCACUUCCUUAUUCUCCCGGGUCUCCCCUUUCCCACCUUUAUCCUAAUGCACAUCCUUUGGCAAUUGAUCUGCUACAAAAAAUGCUUGUUUUUGACCCAUCAAAAAGGAUUACUGUUACCGGAGCACUGGAACACCCUUACAUGUCUCUGCUAUAUGAUCCCAGUAGCAACCCUCCAGCACAGGUCCCCAUUGAUCUUGACAUAGAUGAGGAAUUAGGGGAAGAGAUGAUACGAGAGAUGAUGUGGAAGGAGAUGCUUCAUUACCAUCCUGAAGCCGUGGCAGUCCAUGGCGAGGUGCGCUCCUAAUCUUGUCUGUUAAUUCUGCAGGCCUAAGAGGGUUAUUUUUCUUAAACCGAGUUUUUGGUUUGUUGUACUAGCUCGUACUAGCUCUUUUGUUUAUGUUCUGUUUCCCUUGUUUCAAUAAUCUUGAAGAAGCACGCACAAGCCAGCCCCGCUGCCCUGGCAUGAGAUGACUAAUUUUGUUUUAAGAACGUGCUUAUGAGCAUGAGCUCUGAAAGGUAGGUGGCUCUUUCAGCUUGUAUAUACGUGUCUUUGUACGAUUCUGGAAAAACUUCAUUUGUAAAUUUAGUAACUGAAGGUAAUUGUGACCUGGUUUCACGGGUGAGAAAUCUCACUGCUAGUGCUGGGCAGUGAACAACUAGUUCUAGCUCGCUAUUUAUCCAUGUAAUAAGCAAACAUGCACGAGUAAUAGCACCUCUUAACAUCCUUUUCCUCCUGUCUGCA